AUGGCCAGUAUACAGAACACUUUCGAUCUUCGCAAUCCCUACACCUCAUCAAGCAUGAUCAAUAGCCAAUCCAGUGUCUUUUCACAACCCUCCAGUCAAACCCCGCAGUCUACUCCUCAGCCUAUUCCUUCAGAACCAGACUAUCACAGUGGGGUGACUGAUUACUCAAUUUCCUCGUUUUCACGCAUUCCCUCAGCUUAUCCCUUGCAACAGCUCAUGCAACAGUCCUCAAAGGCUGCCAAUGAAAUGAGCUUCCAAAAAAGGCAAAAUCAGCCUGAUUUUCUCUCCGAUCUCUCUGGAUUUGUUGGCAAUGGAUGUGUUGGAAAUGGAGAAUUCGCCAAUUCACCUCUCCAAGCGGCAGCAGCUUUAGCAGCUCAGAGACCUCUAUACAGACCCUUCAACACUGAGGCCCCUUCUCCCCCACAAUCAGCAGGCAGACUUCGAAGUCCGCCAUUCAGUUCUGCAGGCAGUCUACCACCUCGAAGUUCAACCGAUGGUGAACAGACCCUUGGUGACUCAAAAUCAUUAGGAGCCCUUUUGCGAGAAAUCGCUGGAGUUCCAGCUUCAAAUUCUACAGGAAAUAUGAAUUCACUGAGGCAAGGAUCUGGUAGAAUUGGAGAUAUGCCAAGAUACGACAACCCUAGUAUAUCAGGAUUUGGAGGUAUAGCAGAUCAAUCUUUGCUUGGACAGCAACAUCCAUCAGAAGGAUUUCUCGACACUCUGACGAGUGGAACCCCUGGUCGUUUACCUCCCCCACCUCGUAGUCUAUUCCACUCACCUGGAAAUGGGCUUCAACACCAUCAUGGUGGAAUGAUGUCCCCAGUCAUUCCCCCACCAUCUCAUCAACCACCUCAACCACCUUCUGGACAUCAACAAUACUUCGGACAUCCAGGGAGUCAACCCCAAUCACACGGUGGACCCCCGCCACCUCCAGGUCUUUUCCAGACUCCCAGAAUCGCCAAUAGCGUUCAUGCAGCCGCUGCUGCGGCUCUAGCUUUAGGGAACGGAUCUGGGCCAAUGGGCCCGAUCCCAGCUCCUGGUGAUCCAACAAAUCGUCUUGGUCCACCGCCGUGUUUCAUGCCCUCUUCAAUGAUGCCGGGUAAUGGUGACGAGGAUGAUACACCUCGGGGGAGGAAGAAGAGGAAACCUUAUACGAGAUAUCAAACUAUGGUACUGGAGAACGAGUACCUUGUGGCAACUUACAUUACUCGUCAAAAGCGCUGGGAAAUCUCGUGCAAGCUUCAUCUCACAGAACGUCAAGUGAAAGUGUGGUUUCAGAACCGACGCAUGAAGAGCAAGAAGCUUCAAGCUCGCGCGCCAAAUUUGAACAGCGCAAACAAUAAACACGAUGCAAGUGGCAAUGAUGAUGGGGGACAUGGUGGGCAGGGAGGAGAAGGUGGAAACGGAUCACGCAGCGGAUGUCCUAGUACUGUUUCGAGCUUGGAUUCUGGAGCCCCUUCACAGCAUCCAAGUGCACUCCCACCUCCAUAUAGCAGCGGCGGGCCGGGAAAUUACCCUGGAAAUCCGGGGCCGUUUCACUUUUCGUCCAGCAUGAAAAUGGAUCCUAGUAAGAGUCCUGGGCAACAGUCUGACGGAAAGGACUCCGUGAAUAAUGACUUUGCACCCUCGGCGAAUAGCACUCAACUUUCGGUUAUCAACCCUUUCGAACCACCAAAACUACAGCCACCUCCACCAGUUCAAGGUGGGCCAUUUGAUCCCUCCAGGAGGUUCAACAUGUCCUACCCAGAUGGGAUUCAUAUGCCACCUCCCCCACCACCUUUCAACUCAAGUUCUGUUGGUGGAGCAGCUCCAUUUCAGUUGCCCCAAUUCUUACAACAUCCUCAACAACAACCGCAACAACAAAAUCAGCAGCCACCGAGAACUAGAGAAGUUUAG